UAUUUUCUCGUCGCUACUUCUUCCUUCCCGUUCCAACUUCCAUCAGAGUCUUCAAACCCGUCGAACACCGACCCCUCUUGCACGCAAUUUCAUUCGACGAGGGCGUCUCCUCUUUGCAAAGGCCGUCGCGUUUCAUCGCUGAACACGAGCUCCGGGAGCUUCGCUCAUUCCUUCUUGGGAACUGAUUCGUCCCGUUUCCUGUUAGCUUUCGACGUAUGGAUAAGAUGGAAAUUCCCCUCCCGAUGGAGAAAUUAUCGCCGAGAUCGUCUGAUGAACCGAGAAAAGGGUACGCGGUCCUCGUGGCGACCGGAAGUUUCAAUCCUCCUACUUAUAUGCAUUUACGCUUAUUCGAGCUGGCAAGGGAUGCACUCAAUGCAGAAGGGUAUUCUGUCAUUGGAGGUUAUAUGUCACCUGUCAACGAUGCAUACAAGAAAAAGGGUCUCAUAUCAGCUGAGCAUCGGUUAAGUUUAUGUCGUCUGGCCUGCAAGAGUUCUGACUUCAUAAUGGUUGAUUCGUGGGAGGCAAAUCAAAGCACCUUCCAACGCACUCUGACUGUUUUACAUAGAGUGAAGAGUAUCUUGUGUCAGGAACGGCAGCUAUCCUCCGGUAAAUAUGAUUCCCUUAAAGUCAUGCUCGUUUGUGGUUCUGAUCUACUCCAAUCUUUUGGUGCUCCUGGAGCUUGGAUUCGUGACCAGGUAAGAAUUAUAUGCAAGGAUUACGGCGUGGUUUGCAUCCGUCGGGAGGGACAGGAAAUUGAGAAGAUAAUUUCAGAUGAUGACAUUUUGAGUGAUUACAGGUCAAUGCAUUUCACCCAGAGGAAUGAAAUUCUUGGUUGCACAAGCAAAAUAUACUUGGCAGAUGCAGUUGGGAGAGUAUGCUGGAUACGCAUGCUGGAUACGCCUUAUCAUAUCUAUCAGUUAUGAACAUUCAAUUCCUUGCUUGAAGAGCUAACAUCUAAACCAGUGAGCUUCAGCCAACCAAUUUACCAGAGGAUAGAUAGAUUAUUGUCAUAACAGGUCCUCUAAGUCAAUUCAACACUGGCCUAUUGAAGAAUUCACAUGUGUUCAUCUUGUUUCCCUUCAUCUGUUGGUGAACCACUCACGGACAUCAGUUCUGCACGAUUUGCAUUGUUCUUUUCCGGAAUGACUCAACUGCAUCGGUUCGCUGAUUAAGUUGGAUAAAAGAAAAGGCAUUUAUCAUGAGAAGUUUAUAGUUUGCUUCAAAGUAUCUUCCAAUGAGUUUUCAACUCUCCCCAUUGAUCCCUUGGAUGGGAGUAAAUUAGCUCAAUUGUUGCCUUAUUUGAAGUUUGAAAUGGUAAAUCCAGACGUGGAUAUCAUAUUUUGCAGUAGGUUGAAUCAAUGCUAGAGCUGCGUAGUUCUCUU